CUGGAGAUUUCAAAAUGUUUGCCAAAGCAACAAGGAAUUUCCUUAGAGAAGUUGAUGCUGGCGGCAACCUGAUUGCAGUAUCAAAUUUGAAUGACUCUGAUAAAUUACAACUUCUAAGUCUGGUGACCAAAAAGAAGAGAUUCUGGUGCUGGCAACGACCCAAGUACCAGUUUUUAUCUAUUUCUCUUGGAGAUGUACUCACAGAAGACCCAUUUCUGAGUCCAGUGGUCGUGGAGUCAGACUUUGUGAAAUAUGAGGGCAAGUUCGAAAACCAGGUGAGUGGGGCCAUCGAGACAGCGCUGGGCAGGGUGAAGCUGAACAUCGGCGCCAGAGGCCUCAGGGAGAGCCAGUCUUCCUUUGGAACCCUGAGGAAGCAGGAGGUGGACUUGCAGCAGCUCAUCGGAGACUCUGCCGAGAGAACAAUCAAUCUGAAAAGCCCCAUUCUGCAGCAGGUGCUGGAGAGGAGGGGUGAGGUCCUGUGCGUCCUGACACAGAAGAUCGUGACGACGCAGAAGUGUGUCAUCUCUGAGCACGUGCAGAUCGAGGAGAAGUGUGGCGGCAUGGUGGGGAUCCGCACUAAGACUGUGAAGGUGUCAGCCACAGAGGAUGGCAACGUCGUCAAGGACACCAACGUGGUGUUGGAGAUCCCGGCUGCCACCACCAUUGCCUAUGGCGUCAUCGAGUUAUAUGUGAAACUGAAUGGCCAGUUCGAAUUUUGCCUCCUCCGAGGGAAGAAUGGUGGCUUCGAGCAUGAAAGGAGAAUUGACUCUGUCUACCUGGAUCCCUACGUUUUUCAAGAGUUUGCAUUUGUGGACAUGCCAGAUGCCGGGCAUGGGAUGUCUUCCCGGGACAUGCCAUUAAGUGUUUUAAAAGAAGCGACCCAGCUCUUGAAGACGAAUUUUCGCCCCUUUGUGGAACUGCCAGAGUUGCAGCAGAUGGCGCUGAACAACGCCCUCCAGGAAGUCCUGUUUGAUGAUGAAUUACUCGUGGUCCUGGAACAAGUGUGUGAGGACGUGGUCAGAGGUCUCUCAUCACCCCUGGAAGUGCUGGGGAAGCUGAAGCUCCCUCAAAAGCAGGAACUCACAGCCUUCCUGAGGCUGGUGGGGUGCAGUGUGGAGGGUCCUAAGGAUGCAGUCAGCAACCAGUGGCUCUUUGCAACGGCCUACUUCCUGGUCAGCGCUCUGGCAGAAAUGCCAGAUAACACAGUGGCUCUGCUGGGCACUUGCUGUAAACUUCAGAUUAUUCCUACACUGUGCUACUUGCUUCAGGCUUUGUCUCACCAUGGAGUAUCUGAUCUUGAAGACCCAAGUUUGGCUCCACUGAAAGAUAUGGAAAGGUUUGGGAUUGCGCAGCGCCUGUUUGCCUCAGCUGGCAUUAGCCUGGAGAGACUCCAGUCAUCAGUGAAAGCUGUCAUCCUGAAGGACCCUGAUGUCUUCCCACUGAUUCUUUAUAUAACCCUGAAUGGACUCUGUGCUCUAGGCAGAGGGGAAACUGCUUUGGAGUUUGGGUCAGAUGCGAAUUACAAACUGACCACUGAAAUGAAUUGACAAAGCAGUGACUUUCUGCACUGUGAGGGGCUUCUUUCAGGCCAGAGGCUGUCCUGUGCUGGUGAGCCACACCCAGGUUAGCUUCCAGCACCUAACAGCUGAGGGCUGAGAAUUCUUAGAUGUUCAGACCUGUUUUUCUGCAGGGCCCACCUAAAUUGUGAAUGCUGUGGGAAAGCAAUUAAUUUCUCUUCACAGAAGAGGCUAUGUUUUGGAAGUGCUAUAUAUUAAUUUGCUCAGAAAUGAACUAUAAAUGCCAGUAGUGUGUGUAUACAGAAGGUGCCAAAUGUACACAUAUUUUUAAGA